UUUGUUUUUAAUAAAGUGGAAAUGAAUCAAUAAUGAAGGAUUUACUGGAUCAGAAAGCAAUUAUGAGCACGAGACUUUCCAGAAGAGGUCAAUCACCAAUAAGUAUUGCACUGAGAUGUGGCAAUGUUGACACUGCACGGAUUCUUCUUGAUAAGGAUGUAUCAUCUUUACAUCACAGCGACAGUGCUGGUCUAACACCCAUUCACCUUGCUACUAUAAGCGGGCUAACAUCAAUCAUUGAGAAGUUGAUAUCAGUAGGUGCUGGUUUAAAUCCUCAGUCAUACGAUGGCCAGACGCCCUUACAUGUUGCCAUCAGACUAUGCCACUGUAAGAAAAGACAGGUUGAAGUGACGACAGCUUUGAAGCAGAUACAACAAGAGAGUGAGGAUGACUUAUCACCUGCGGAGGCUCUGAUACAAUUCCUAAUAAAUCAAGGAUCCAAGAUCGACAUCAAAGAUAACAAAGGUUUUACUCCGGUACAGUAUGCCAGAGAGGAGCGCAUUAGGCAAAUGGUAUUCCGGAGCUUAUCCGAAGAUGAUGUUCAUAUAUUCCGGGAUCUGCCGAUUGCAAGAUCUACUGAAAGUCAUCGCAGUAUUGGCUGUGAAGGAGGGAUUCUACGUUUGGAUAGUUGUGACGUCACAAUGUCGAUUCCACCAAGGAGAGUGCAGGCUGGCUCUUGCCACGAUGUAUCAAUAGCUCUAGUCAUUGAUGAUCCCCCACCUAUCCGAGAGAGAGAGUUUCUUACAGGCUAUGGCAUUGGCAUCACAUUCCCUGCACAGUGGCGCUAUUCUACGAACCAGCCUAUAACGUUAAGUCUCCCUCAUGCCGCAACAUUGCUGGAGUCAAACGAUGUUCAUGCUGGGAUCAUCUGGAAACAAACUGAAUCAACUUCAGAAAAUUCAGGAAGAAGAGGAAAAUUUUCUUUACCGUCAAGUACAUCCUGGAAGAUGUUUUGCACUUGAACCUGAGUCAAGUGAUCUAGAGCUCGAAUGCAAUCGGAGA